UUGGGCGUUUUUUUAUUACAAAACAUGGGAAAAUGGACAAGUUCUUCAAUUCUUGCUUUUUGGGCUUCUUGCCUGUCUCUGUCUCGAAACACCCAGAAAGAGAGAUAAUCUCGCUUAUCUGUCUUUAUACUUAGCUGGUUUCUUCUUCUUCUUUAUCCCUUUUGGCUCUUAUUACAACUUUUUUUUUUCCAUGUAUUUCCUCAAAUUUUAAUAUUUUUUCUUUACUGUAUAUUCAUCAAAUCUCAAGUUCUCUAAUUUCCCAUUCGACCUCGAAAUUUGACCAAUUUCUCUUGUCUCAAAUUUCAGAUUCUCUUCCUCUGAAAAAAAUCAAAAACCAAGUCUUCUAAUUCCAUCUCCUCUCUGUACCCAUCUCCUAAAAAUCUCAACUUUGAGUCAAAAUUUUGUCUUCUCUCAAACCAAUUCAUAGUUCUAAAAAUCUCACCUUUAUCUCAAAUUUUUAAUCUUUCAUCUGAUUUCUGAAACCCAAAUUCUCUAAUCUCAUCUUUGAGCCAAAAAGUUUCAAUCUUUCCUCUGAUUUCUGAAACCAAAAAUCUCUAAUUUCAAAAAAAAAAAAUCUCACCUUUGGGUCAAAAAUGUCAGUAGCUUGUGGACUAGAAUGUGUCUUCUGUGUAGGAUUCAGUAGAUGGGCAUGGAAACGAUGCACACACGUAGGCUCAGACGAUAGCGCCACGUGGACAUCAGCAACACCGGAAGAAUUCGAACCAAUCCCAAGAAUCAGCCGAGUAAUCCUCGCCGUCUACGAACCCGAUCUCAGAAACCCUAAAAUCUCACCUUCGUUAGGAACUUUCGAUCUAAACCCUGAAUGGGUCAUCAAACGUGUGACACACGAAAAAACCCAAGGAAGAUCUCCACCGUACAUUAUCUACAUAGAUCACGACCACCGUGAGAUUGUUUUAGCGAUUCGUGGCUUGAACUUAGCUAAAGAGAGUGAUUACAAGAUUCUGUUAGAUAACAAAUUAGGUCAGAAAAUGCUUGGUGGUGGUUAUGUGCAUCGUGGGUUGUUGAAAUCUGCGGCUUGGGUUUUGAAUCAAGAAUCUGAGACUCUUUGGAGAGUUUGGGAAGAGAAUGGUAGAGAGUAUGAUUUGGUUUUUGCUGGUCAUUCUUUGGGUUCUGGUGUUGCGGCGUUGAUGGCGGUUUUGGUUGUUAAUACUCCGGCGAUGAUUGGUGAUAUUCCGAGGAAUAAGGUUCGAUGUUUUGCUUUGGCUCCGGCGAGAUGUAUGUCGCUUAAUCUCGCCGUUAAGUAUGCUGACGUCAUCUCCUCCGUCAUUUUGCAGGAUGAUUUUUUACCGAGAACAGCGACACCAUUAGAGGAUAUAUUCAAGUCUGUAUUCUGCUUGCCGUGCUUGUUGUUUCUAGUUUGUCUGAGGGAUACAUUUAUACCGGAAGGUCGGAAACUAAGAGAUCCUAGAAGGCUUUAUGCUCCUGGUCGAAUUUAUCAUAUCGUUGAGCGGAAAUUUUGCAGAUGUGGAAGGUUUCCUCCCGAAGUGAGAACCGCGAUUCCCGUUGAUGGUAGAUUUGAGCAUAUAGUAUUAUCAUCGAAUGCAACAUCGGAUCAUGCGAUUCUAUGGAUAGAAAGAGAAGCAGAAAAGGCAUUGCAGGUGACAUUUAAUUUCUGCAUUUUUAUGUUUUAGAUCAAUGGUUAGGGCUAAGGAUUUAGGAUUUAGUUUAUAAGGCUUAAGUAAGGUUACAGGAUUUAAGAUUUAGAUUUUCGACGAUUUUGUUAAGAGUAUAAAAUCUUUAAUUGUGUUGUUGCUACAAAUUUUUUUACUAUCUUUGCACAAAAUAGUAAGGGACUAGUUAGGCUUCUUUUUAUAAAUGGUGGGUUUUGUGGUGUGUGGUUACAGAUAUUGAGAGAGAAGAGUUCAGAGACAGUGGUAACAAUGGCACCAAAAGAGAAGAGAAUGGAGAGGUUAAGUACUUUAGAGAAAGAGCACAAAGAUGCGUUGGAGAGAGCCGUGAGUCUUAAUAUCCCACACGCAGUGUCCACCGCGGAAGAAGAAGAAGAAUGCAACAAUGGAGAAGCAUCCGCGGAGUUGAAAACAAAGAAGAAGAAUUGGGAUGAAGUUGUGGACAAGCUUUUCCAUCGAAGCAAUUCAGGAGAAUUCGUUCUCAACGAUAACGUUGUUCCUGAAAGGUAGAUAGGCUUGCGUCAGGUUGAUGGUUGUGAUUCAAUGGUGUGUGUUUUUUUUUUCUUUAACUCAGUUUUGUAAAUUUUCUAGGCUUUAUGGAUGUGUGAGAAUGUCUAUAAUCCGGUUAAAUUGGUCUGAGAAAUUUUUGUUCACAAUCAGACUCACUUUUUUCAUUACAAUGUAAAACCUAAUUCUCUCUAGACUUCUGAAUUUGAUGAGUAAAACCGAU